AUGGAAGAAAUUGAUGAAUCUGAUCAGCCUAUCUCUCUAGGGAGGCAAGAAAUUCGAAAGAGAAGACGACCUAGCCAACCAAUGGUAGACAAAUCACAGCAGACUGAAGUGAUAGAGAAAAAGAAACACCUGGCCAUGCCACAGUCAUCUGGCCCCAAAGCUACUCUCAGUAUUGGUAAUAUUUCUGGAUGCAAAGGCAACUAUGGUGCCAAAGAAUAUGAGUCCAUUAGAGUAUCUUCCCAACUUCAACAAACUUGGAUGAAGAGAAAGCGUGGUCAGGAAAUGACUGAUAGAUCGCUGCAGACAGACACCCUCAUAGAAGAGGAAAAAGAAAUCAAACUCAUUGAUGAGACCAUAGUACCUGAUGAAAAGCCAACCAGUGUGGGAGAAGCAGCCUCUGAAUUGCAAGACGGUGCUCAAGAAGUAGAAAUUCCAUCAAGCAGACACUCAGUUCACCAAAAAAUAGACAGAUCUCAGCAGACCAGUUGUACUGGAGACUGGACCAUAUUGAACAUUCCGCCAAAAGAGAAAGUCGACAAGGAGCAGCAGACAUCCUUUAGUGAAUUACAGAUAAUGGUUAUUUCCAAGCCAAGUAGUUCUUUUACAACGCCAAAGGAAGGUGUCCAGAAGUUUAUAUCCUCAGAAAAGAUUUUUGCUGAUGAACAUCCUGAAUUUCAGCCAGCAACAAGUAGCUGUGAAGAAAUUAGGCAGAAAAGUGCCAGCACAUCUUCUUUUACUCAGGAAACUGCAGAAGGUACUGUAGUACCCUUAGAAGAUGAAUUUAGGCAAGAGGUAACUACACUUGUUGUAGAAGAGGCUUCUUUUGAGGCAAUGGAGAUUCCACCAGUGCAAAAAGUCUGCAGUGAAUUGUAUCUUCCUAUUGUAGAAAUGGCACAUGGUGAAGUGCAGCCUCCACCAGGUGAGGAGGUCAUAGCUGAAGUAGAGCCUAGCCCUGCGGAGGAGACCCCUGUCCAAAAACAGCCUCCAGCUGAAGAGACCGGUGCAGAUGGGCCACCAGCUGAGAGACCUCCUGCUGAGGAACCACCUAUAUCAGUCAAAGAAUCUCCUGUUGAUGUCCAGCCUCAACCCCCUGAGGAUAUCCUUGAAGAUAUCCCAGCUGAGGUAGAGCCCACUCCUGCUGACGUGCAGUCUCCACCCGCCGAAGAGGGUCCUGAGGAAGGUACCUCUGUGGAGGUAGCCCCUAAAGAAGAGACCUCUGCCCAAGUUCAAUCUCCAUCAGCUAAGGAUGACCUUGAAGAGGCCCCUCCUACAGCUCAGUCCCCACCAGCUGAGGCGGCUCUUGCCGAAGAGAGUCCCGCCAAAGAGGUUCCUCCUGAGCUUCAGCCCCCACCCGCCGAGGCGGGUCCUGCUGACACUGCGCCUCCCCAGGCUGAAGAGGCACCCAUGAGAGAGACCCCUGAUGAGGCUCGGCUUCCUGCAGCUGAGGAGACUUCCGUAGAAGAAGAGGCUGCUCCUGAAACUUGGUCUGCAGCAGCUGCAGAAGCUCCCAGGGAAGAGGCCUUUGUUGAAAUUCAGGCUCCGCUAUCUGAAGAGGCUACUGCAGAAGAGGGCCCUGCUGAGAGUGAGUCUCCACCGGGGGAGGAGGUGCCUGCUGAAGGAGGCCCUGCGGACGAGGGCCCUGCUGAGCAUCAGUCUCCACCGGGGGAGAAGGUGCCUGCUGAUGGAGGCCCUGCGGAAGCUCAGUCGCCACUAGAUGAGAGGGCUCCCACAGAAGAGGCCUCUGCUGGCACUCAGGCUCCAUCGGCUCCAGGAAAACAGAUCCCUGAGGACGUUCCGUCUCCACCAGCUGACAAGGCUGCUGUAGAUGAAAUCCCUGAAGAAGUUCAGAUCCUGUCAGAUGAGCAUGCCCCAGCAGAAGAGGCCUUGGCUGGAGUUCUGUCACCACCAGCUGAAGAAGGGGCCUUGGCUGAAGUUCUGUUGCCACCAGCUGAAGAAGGGGCCUUGGCUGAAGUUCUGUUGCCACCAGCUGAAGAAGGGGCCUUGGCUGAAGUUCUGUCGCCACCAGCUGCAGAGGGCCCUGCUAAAGUUCCGUCUCUGACAGAUGAGGCUACCAGAGAAGAGGCGCCGAAUGACGCACAGGCUCCACGAGCAGAGGCAGUUCCCGCAGAAGAGGCCUCUGCCGAAGCUCUGUUUCCACCCACUGAUGAGGCUACUACUGAAAUUCAGCCCCCAUCUGCUGAGAAGGCUCCUGUCGAAGAGAUCCCUGCUGAAGUUCCGCAGCCAGUGGACCAAAACUCUGCAGAUGGGGCUCUGGUGGAGAAUGUGCAAACUGAAUUGCAAUCUCCCCUGGUCACAGGCACUGCAGGUGGAAAAGGGUCAGAUGGUUUGAAAGCUGAUAAAAAAUUUGAAGAUGCUUCAAAAGUGGAUCCUGUUCCUGAAGAUCUUUCUAAUACCAAAGACAUGGUGAUUCCCACUAUUGAAGUAGAGGGUGUCAUUCAUGUAGAAAUAAAAAAUGCUUCCUCCUGA